CUGAGCGAAACGGUCAAUAUUUCGAAAUUUUGAAUUUAAUACUAAUUUUUCUGUAAAUAAAAUUAAAAAAAAACAACAAAAAACGCAGCACAACAGAUAUGUAACACAUGAUAUAUCAAAAUACAUGAAUUUAUAUCGGUGACCACAGAGAUACUGGAGACGAAUAAAAAAUAUAAAUGAAUUGUAGGGAGUAAAGCAAAAGGAGGAGUAGAAAAUAGCAACUAAACUGUUCCUUCGUGCUGAUUUGGGCAAAAGAGUGAGCUGAAAUAUUUGUGUGGAAAAAAUUAUUAUAUAAAACAAAUGGCUCUCAAUAUCAGGAAUUGGCGGCAAAUGCAGUCUCUUUAGGUGUUCUUUAAUUAGUCUUGCCUUUGGCGCUGUGGAGAAAGAUAUUUCCGAAGGACUUGUUGCAUUUAAGUAAUGAUGCAGCAUGCGAGCGUUUUGUACUGUCAGCGCGCCAUUAGAAGUAUGCGCGUCAUCGGCCGAACAACUGUCACCAGGAUCACGCUUUUUAGCACUAAGACUUUUGGGAAACCAGCAGCCGAAAACACUAUACUUCCUAGUCGAUGCCAAGAGUCGAGUGAGAGAAGUGUACACACAAACAUGCCUACAUUUUGCAGCGCAAGGCAUGCUCGAUACAGAAUUGUUCGGUUUGGCGGUGCUCAUCGAUGGCGAAUACAUGUUUGCGGAUCCGGAGAGCAAACUCUCCAAGUACGGCCCGAAAAGUUGGCGAUCCUCGCACACACACGGCCUCGACGCAAAUGGACGACCUCUUUUGGAAUUGCAUUUCCGUGUACAAUUUUACAUCGAGAGCCCAUUUCUAUUGAAAGAUGAGAUAUCCCGUCACAAUUACUAUCUACAAUUAAAAUAUAAUGCUCUACAACGGGAAAUGCCUAAAGAAUAUUCGGAACAGUCGAUGAUAUUACUCGCCGGAUUAGCACUACAAGCGGACUUGGGGGACGCACCCGCUGCAACUCAAACAUUUGCAGCAACAUCAAAGGGCACAACAUUAAAAUCCUUAGUAUCGGAAGAGGGCGGUUGUGGUGGUCUUGUGGAGUGUGACCACCUAGGCCUGCUUUCUUCGCAUGUCACAAGCUCCACGGCCACCACAAACGAAGUCACAAAUUUAGCAGCAAAAGCUAUAGAAACAACAACAACAACAACAACAACAACUACAAAAGAAACGACAGCAGCGGCAGCAGCUGGAAUAGCAACAACAACAUUGCCAAAGAUCAACAAACGUAUUAGUAGUGAGAACGAUCGAGUGCUUCGUCUUUCAAAUUUUUUAACAGCAAGAAAUUCCACAGCCUCAACACUUAACACGUCGCCCCUAGUUGCUAAUACAAAAAUAAAAGAAAGCUGGGAAAAAGAGAAGGAAAGGGAAGCAUUAACACCAACAUCAAUGCCCGCCUCAUCGAGCUCUUCGUCCACGUCGGUUUUCCCUAUUAGUGGCAGUUUGAAGCGUAGUCUGGGAGCAAUGGCAGCCUCAUUUUCAGCUUCUUCAUCGAUUUCUUCAAUAAACCGAAGUAAUUCAUCCAAUACACCACCAACAACUUCAUCGAGUACGUCACUAUCAGCUCUGGGGCAAACGCAGACACAGACAUCGACACAGGACUAUUUUUGUGUGAAAGACUAUCUGCCCACCGAGCUGUGCACGGCUUGGGCAGUAAGCGCAUUGCAGGCUUGUCAUCGCGAAAAUCGUGGUAUGUCGGCGUUGGACGCAGAGGUGCACUAUAUUCAACACGCCAGCAUGGUACACGAGUGCGUCAAUUCGCACAUAUUUCGAAUGCGUUCAACAAAAAGCGAAAACGGUUUGGGCAGCUCGUGGUUUGUUAUUUAUUCGAAGGGCAUAAAAAUUUUCAGCUCCUCUGAAAAUCCUCAACAGCAAACUACCUUCUUGUGGCCGAGCAUUACAAAGCUGUCAUUCGAGCGGAAGAAGUUUGAGAUUCGAUCUGGUGACUGCAAAAUCCUACUUUAUGCCACUUCGGACGAGAAAAACAAAAUGCUAUUGACAUUGUGUCGCGAAACUCAUCAGUUCAACAUGAAGAUAGCCGCACGUCUUAAAGAGGUCAUUAAGCGCGAAGAAGAAGAAAGUAAUUGUAUUCACGCUUGCUACAUUUACUCGCGCAGUCUGCAUUUGCCCUAUAAAAACAAAAGUGACCAGCGUAUAUCGGUUAUAUCCAGCACUAGUUCUAACACCACCUCGGGCAUUGUCAGUGAUCGUGUUCAUUCUGAGGAUGAGGUUGAGAUAAUGAUAAAUACACCGCCGGCACCGAUUGCAGCACCUUCCACAGAAAGUUUAGCUUUGGCACAUCUACUGGAUCGGCCAAGCGUUAGCAGGCAAACCUCAUCAGUCGGUCAAGUCUCGUUAAAAGAUCUAGAAGAGCAGUUGGCAGCACUUUCCGUACGUCAGGAACGUCAAAAGCAGCACUCGAAUUCUGUUAAUUCCGGUGAUGAAUCGCCUGUUGAGAGAAGUCAUACUUCAGCAGGAAAUUCUUCUAGCAGCAGCUCGAACCAAGCAUCCCAGCGCGCCGCUGACUCUUCGACUGCCACCGACUCACCGAGUUCGCAACACAAUAUUGGCUCCCAGUGCUCGUCGACCUGUAGCACCGUCGUAGUUUUGCCAAGCUCGGAUUCUACAUCUAAUACGUUAACGUCUUUGGCUGUGAUGAAUUCUACGCCAAUACAGCGACGCAACUCGACCUCGAGUAGUCUUGAAUUGGGGUUUAGUCAUACAGCACAAAAUUCCAUCCUCAGUGAGGCUGAGUCAACUUGUAUUGAUCAUGAUUUCGCAUCUUCCACUCGGGAUGAAAAUGAAAGCAUUUCUGGAGUGUACACACUGGCCCACGGCGCACCGCCCACUGAGACUUCUGGCGUAUACACUAUGCAUAGCAGUGAAAUGACCGGGCAAUCGUCAGAGAUUGCCGAGUCUGAGAAAAGCUCACAUUAUGGCGUUUUCCAACCGGCAAAAUGCGAGAUAAAUGCUGAUAAUUUGCAUGAAAGUCAUUCUAAUCUGGACUCAGUCGAUGGAGGGAAUUAUCUUGGUAAACGCAUCGAGAACGAAGAGUUCCGUCUACGUUCAGACUCCAAUGUAAGCACAAGUGGUUCAUUCCGAGGAGAUGGCAGUGAUCCAACCGACAACAAGCACAAUCUUCUCUCUGCAGAGGAAUUAACUGACCUAAUUGUGGGUCGUGGCACAUACCCUAAUCGUAAAACGGUGUCAAGUACUUUGGACUCGGAUUGUGAUUACGUUACCUUGCCAUUGCCCAUUAAAGGAGAAUCAUACAUUCAAGGUCACCAAGACACUGCGCCAACCGAGGAUCAAGUUGAAGACUUAAUUAAUGAUUUAAUAUCCACUGAUCCACCGGCACCUCCUCAACGUAUCGACAGUAAUAUUUUGAAGCAAACAAAAAAUCUAACGAGUCUUAGCAACAUACCGAUGCGUUCACCGCCGCCAUAUCACGCUCGCCAUGAAAAAACCGGUCUAUGUGGACCACCAGUGUGUCCUCCAUUAGCACUAAAGCCAAUUAAAAGUGUUGCAAGUAAUGCAAUUGACACAACUUUCUCCAAAGUGCCAUCGCCCACCAUUCCAGUUGAGGUUACUACGCAAGCAGCUGGUACACCAACACCACGUGCACCUAUAGCUUCAUCUGUCGUUCGUCGCCGUGACCCUCCGCCAUAUCCAACAUCAACCAAGCCCCGUCCUAUGUCAUUAGUUUCGAUAGCUUCUGGCACAUCUUCUCUCAACCAUUCCAAUAACGCGCUUUCUUCCACGGGAGGCUCCUUGUGCUCCCUAAAAGCCGAAGAGGUCACUGCUCGCUUCAUUACUACUCGACCUCAAAUCAACAUUCUUAAAGCUCAUACCAGUGUAAUUAACGACAAUCAGAAACCCAGUUAUGCUGCACCAACGCAUUGCUCAUCGGCAGCGUCCACUUCCGGAUCAAUUGCCAGCCAGAACAUGACGAGCCAUCUCUCCCAGCAUUCUGUGCACAACUCUCACUAUAUCAGCGGUUCGCAGGUCUCGCUUAAUGGCGAUCACCAUUUGGCUUCCGCCACCAGACAAUCUUCCAUAUCUGCGGCUGCUAUAGCCCAUGCUGCGGCUGCCGCUGCCGCUGGAGCCAGCAUCAUUCCUAACACUAUUGGUAUACCAAUCGUUCCUUAUAGCUUACACGGCACACACAGCAGCAUGUCAUCAUUACACCAACAACCGCCUCCACCACCGCCACCUUAUCAGGAAAUAAAACAAUCCACACGAACUUGUGUGCUUUUACCAGUGAUCAAGCAUCGACAAUUUCUGCCACCGCCACCUCCCAGUCUACCACGGCAACCGCCACCCCCACCACCUCCAUCUCAUCUCGGAAGUGUUUAUGGAAAUCAAUUGGCCCGAAAGCAGCUCGAGCUGUACCAACAACAGCUCUACAGCGAUGUUGACUAUGUCAUCUAUCCAAUUCAAGAUCCCGCAGUCAGUCAGCAAGAAUAUCUGGAUGCUAAGCAGAGCUCCAUUUAUGCGGCAAUGGCACAAACACCGCCACAACCACUCCCUCACGCACACCCACACCCGCACUCCUACCUGGCAUACCAUACAGGCAGUGCACACGUUGGCUCGUGGGAUACAUGCAAAGGCCACGCCAUCUAUCGCAGUACACCUUACUUGCCACUGACUUUGUCCACACACUCACGUUAUGCAUCGACACAGAAUCUAUCAGAUACAUAUGUACAGCUGCCGAGCACCUAUUCCCCACUCUACAGCCCCUCCAUGGCCAGCUUAUGCUCUUCGUACGAGCCACCUCCACCCCCGCCGUUACAUCCCGCAGCUUUGGCAGCGUCCAAUACAAGUACUACAAAUUUAUUCGCACGUUCACGAUCAGAUGACAAUAUAUUAAAUUCACUUGACUCGCUGCCGAAAGUAAAGCGUAUGCCACCCCCACCACCGCCCCCAUAUGUAAAUCGGCGUUUGAAGAAACCACCGAUGCCGACACCAUCUGAAAAACCCCCACCAAUUCCCUCCAAACCAACCACUUCUAAUAUUUUGCUUUCAAAAAACCAUGUUACGGUGCGAAGCCAAUUACCGCCAAGGAAACCACCCACCUUAAAUACGAAUCGAAGCGUCAACAAUAUGACACGCACAUCCAGCGGUGCACAGUGGGCGGGUGAACGACCGAAGCCUAAUCUGAUUUCAUAUAACGGUGGAAGCAUUCUAGCUCACCUACAAGCCAGUGUUGCGGCGGCCAACCGACAAACCGCCAGCUUAGCAUCGACCACUAAGUCAAAGGAAUCAAACGGUGGCAAUAGCAACUCUAGCCAUGGAAGCAACCCAUCUACGAACAAUGCAGCUGUCAAUCCACUGGAUAUCACAGUACUACGCGAGAAGAGCAAACAUUUAGAUUUACCGCUAAUCUCUGCGCUCUGCAACGAUCACUCACUGCUUAAACAGACGAAAGUUUUUAACAAUUCUAAAGGGAAUCGCACGCCCACAAGCGCUUCUACAACAAUGAGAAAUGCCAGCACGCUGCCAGCUUCUCCGAGUAGUAUGCGAAUGUCAUCGGCGAUCAACCAUACCAACAACAGCAAAGCUGUUCAUCAAAGCCUGACAACAAAUUCUGCAGUUUUUGUUGGGAAUGAAUCUGGAAACUCAGUUUCCGCCGCUUCGCCGAUAACGGCUGCUGCUUCUGCUGUGGUCUCAUCUUCGACUUCGGCAUUGGCAACCACAACAACACCAGCAGUGUCAAGUGCUAUGUCAGCCUCCACCACCAAUACAAAAUCUGCCACUUCGGCAUCAUCAACGAUCCAAUUGUCAUCUAGUAAGGGGCGUAGAACAGCUGCGAGCCAUCGUCACCCCAAUGAUAAACUUCCCCCUCUGCCAAUGCAAAUGGCUGAAGCGAACAACUACGUCAUGGAUCCAGCAAUAAUGAAACACCACAAAAGCUACAACCCUCAAAUAUGAAAGGCUAAUACAAAUGCGAUGUUUGAUGCAGAAACGCAAAAAGGUUAAAAAAAGUUCUGUUAGAAAAAGAAGCUAAAGACGAAAGCAGAGAAGAGUAAUGAAAUAUAAAACGAUGUUUACUGAAAUCUUUAGCAUACUAAGGCUACGGACGACACUAGGCGCAUUUAAAUGCAAUCCCAUGUAUUUGCCAAACGUAAACACUGCUUCCACCUUGAAGCCGAAACGAAAGAGGUAUGUACAUGCAUACGUACAGCGGAGGUAUAAUAUCUUUUUCGAGAUUUCUUUUGUUCACGUGUUACUUUCUAUUCCUAAAUGAAAACCACGCCGAACGACAACUACAAACAUAUGAAAGUAAAUAAUUCUCGUAACUUGUAUCUCUUUAGACUUCACUUCGAUAAGAAACAACGAUCCUUCACAGUGUUUAGGUGGAAGCUUCGAAGACCUUUUUUUCCAUAGCGUAUGCGUAUUAGCCAAGGUCACAAAGUGCACACCCAGAAAACUUUCAAAAAUUUAAAGACAAAAAUCCCUUGAAAGAAAUUAUACACACACACAAAUGUAUUUUAUUUAGACGAAACCACGUUUCAUUGACAGCCGAGUCUACGUUCCCGAACGGAUGCGGCGAGUCGAUUUUAGAAAAAGUGUCACUUCAAUAACAUUUCCCUGUUACAAAAAUAAAACUCCUUGACACAUCAAAAUAAAUGAGAAAAUACAAAUCCAGAACUUAAGCAUAAUCAUGCACGCGCCGAAGUGCAGACCAACUAUCGAUAGCCUAACAUCCUUAACUAACUUGCCGGAACAUUAAAUUAUUACAGGUUUUCGUGCUGACGAAUUGCUCGUCGCACAUUAUUUGAAGGCACCUGCCUUCACAUAUACUUACAUACCAGUGCAAAAAAUACAUACACAACAUUUCCAAGAAAUCCGAAAAAAGUUGAACUAUUUCUAUGUUCAAAACUGACCUCAUUUCAUGUAAAUUAUUAAAUAAAAAGAAAAACACUUUAAUCUAGUCACUUUUAGAAAUUCAUAAAACAAACAAACAAAUAAGCAAGCAAAAGACGGAAGAUAACACAAAUACUCAAGUUUGAAAUAUUUUUUUAUUAUUUCAAAUAUUUAAUUCGAGCUGACAAUGCAAGUAAGAAUUACAUGUAUUUUUUAAUAUUUAUUGUUGUUGUAGUCCAUAACAAACUUGUGUCAUACACAAGUUUUUAUUCGUAUUUAUGUUUUUUUUUUAAUCUUUCCACUUUUUUCAUGCACGUAGCCACUACAGAGUACGAGCAUAUAUACAUAUCUCACAAAGCAUAUAGGAAUGUAUGAAACAAAAUCAGUAACAAAAAUUAAUAAUACACUCACACAUACAUACAUAUCAUAAACGAAAUCCGCCCAAACAACUGUGAUCGAUUUUUUAUUUUUAUUUUAUUUUUUGAUUUUAAUUUGCAUACUUUAAACGCUUUACAAUUGAAAGAUUCGAGAAGAUCGAACGAGAGUAGAGAUGCUUUACUUUCUUUACCAAUGUUUUCCUAAAGAGGAAUACUCGUAACAUCUACGCCAUUACAUACAUACAUAUAGCAGUUAAGUUCACCAAGAGCGUGAAGUUUAGGCUUAAGCAAAGUGCAAAAAACACGAAGCGAACAAAACAAAUCCAAAUGAUCGAAUUGCCGAGCUUUGCAUGUCAAACAACAAAUGGCAAUUUAUGCAUAAAAGGCAUAAGUCAAGCCAAUAGCAAUGCAAUCAAACCUCUUUUAGUUUCAUAGCGCUUAGGGUGUAAGUGAGCAAAUACUCCAAGUAUUCCGUAUUUUUUUAGAAUAUUUGAGAUUUUAAAAUAUGCAAAAUGCAUUUAAGUGAAUAUUGCCUAGACUUGCCAUACCGUACGUUACGUAGUGCAUAGGUAUGUAUGAAUAAAUAUUUGAAAUGCCACAAAUGAUUGUACUUGUAUAUGAAUGAUUAAUUUUUGAGGUUUAAGAAAAUAUUAAAAAUAUGAUUAUGAGGAGUAUGUAGGCGAGCAGUGGAUGUGUGCAAAUUUAGCGUUGCAUGUUUGUUACAAAGACGGUUACAUACAUAU